AUGAUUAUGUGGUGUUAUCGGUGUGCCAGGGUAGUCGUUCAUCAAGUCAAGAGGAAGCGAUGCGAGGCGCAUGAGAUAUAUCGCUUCUUUAUUGAAGGGAUUAAGGCAUGUGUUGUGACCAGAGCAUGUCUUAUAAUGGCAGUCAAAGGGUGUCACAUAUCCAUUCUUAACGAGGUAUUCCAAACAUCUGAACUGCACGUAGGCUGUGGUAUUUGUACUACCAAGGAAGAGCAAAUCACAUAUUCAAUAAAGACUUCACCGCACAAGUGUCAAGGAAAUUUGCUCUUAGCUAAACUCAAGAAUGAAGGAACAUGCUGGAGGCCAAUUUCAAGUCGACCAAAAUAUCCACACCCCCAGCGGUAUGACGUGUGUUGGUUCUUUGUGGAGGGAAUUGGAUGCACAGUACAUGGGAGGAGAUGUACCUUUGCAAGCAGUUCUGAGGAAGCUUUCAUUUGGAAUUUCCAAAAGAAACAUUUUAUAGAUGACGAGUCUUUUAUCAAUCUGAUUAGAGAGUCAAAACAAAAUGUCCCCAGCCUGGAAGGGUUAUCAGAAAAGAUACUUGCAGACUGGGGUGGAGAAUUUCAGGAGCUCUGCAAUGAAUGCUUCCACGUUACUCCACGUAGAAUAACACAGAGAGAGUCCAGCCAUGUUUGUGACAUGGUUUUGGGGCAUCACUGGAGACCAAUGAUGGUACACUGUUUGGCCCAAAGUCAGGGCAACUGUGUGUUCAGUGAGAUUAGGUCACUUCCCCCCAAAGCCUUACUGGAACUGUGCUGCUAUCCCAAAGAUAAAUUCAAAACGCACAGCCCACUUGAGUGCCAGUUUGCCCACAGCAUGGUGGAGUUAGCUGUUUGGAAGCAGGAAGUCUACAGUGAGUGGAAUCGUAGAGAGCUUCUGUGGCUAUCUCAAGAGAGGGGAAGGCAACAACACUCCGAUGAAGUCCAGUCACUCCGUCACAGCGCCACUACUAAACUGAUGACAUCAAAUGACAGCCAUGACACAGGAGUCCAAGAAGACGUGGAGGAGACUUCUUACCAGCGUUGUCUACUCAAGGAGUAUAGAGACAGUGACACAGCAGUUGUGAUUAUGGCAGAGCAUGUUGAUGAUGUUGACGUCACACAUGAUGAAGACCUCUACUUGGAGUGCCUGCAAGUUGGCACUGAGAUGCAAUGGAGUUUUCAGAUUAAAACAGAGAGAUACCUAUCCCAUGUAGCCUUGCUGAAGAACGAGCCAGGAGGCACAUUCAGCCUUGGUCAACGCACUCAUGAUGUGGCUUGCACAUACUCCGUAGGAAGCACUUUUGUGAAGUCUGGCCUACGCUAUGAAGUCACUGUCACCUUCACAUCCUCCCUCCCUGGUCUGUACGAGCAGUGGCUGGUGUUCGACUUCGACAUGAGACCAGUGCUGUUGCAGAAGCUCAAGGUGCGAGUAGGAGGGCAGUCUCUUUCGAAACCUGAGGGGGCGCAAGAGACUGUAGCACCCGUUUUGGAGCGAUGGCACAAAGAAAACCGAGUUAUUAUCCCCUACUUCAAAUUCAAAACUCAAGAGGACCUCCUGAAGAGAUAUGAGCUUCCCAAGAUGAAGCUCGGUGCCAGCAAAACAGCUGAUAGCACUAACACAAUCUGUCGUCAGAAUUACAAGGAGAGAAUGCACGAUUUUCUAUAUAAAGAGGAGUGUGUAGAAGCAGAUGUGAUCAGCAGGCUUGACUUUCGAGGAACCAUCACAUUAUCAGACAGCUUGGCAGGCCCUUACAAAGGGAAUGACUUGUGUGCAUAUCCUGGAGAGCUUCUUGGCACCCUGUCUUUCUCUUAUACUAUAACUCAAGGCACUCCAGAGGGUGUCCUGCUCAAACGAGAGGUGGAGUCCGUUCUUGUGGGUGAGGUCACUACAAAUGAUCGAAGCCAAAAAGUCUACGAGGCUAAGAUCCUUAGAGAUACAGCCAGUGAGAAGGAGAUACACCUGCAGCUCUCCAGAGAGUGCUGUUCAGACUUGGGUCUUCAAAAAGGUCAGACACGUAUGAUGGAGGUCCAGUUCCAGCUUAACCGUCUCUGGUUCUGUGGGAUGCACAAGGCCGUUGACCUCCUUCCAGACCUUGAUAAUGUGGUCCCAGACUUCACAAACAGCUGUGUUCCUUCACAUUCAACAAAAUAUCCCAACCUCAAUGCAAAUCAACAAGCUGCCAUGGACUUCAUCCUUGGCGACCCUGAUGGAAAAAAUGCUGUGGCACCACUACUGAUAUAUGGGCCCUUUGGAACCGGAAAAACAUUCACUCUUGCCUCUGCAGCUAAAGAGGUUGUCUGUCAGUCUGGUGGUCGUGUACUUAUCUGCACACACACAAACAGCUCUGCAGACAUGUAUGUCAGUCGUCACUUCCAUGAUUACUUCAGAGCUGGGUGUCGUGAAGUCAAACCACUUAGAAUUAAGGGCAACAAGAGAGGGGCUGCUGUUAAAGCCACAGAUGCGAUAACACAGAAGUACUCCCUUCUGUCUCCAGACGGCCAAUCAUUCAUUUCCCCAUCAAGACGUCACUUAGACUCACACCGUAUCGUGAUAAUAACGACUUCAUGGGCAAAGAACCUCUAUGACCUGAGCCUCCCAAAAGACUACUUCAGCCACAUAAUGAUUGACGAAGCCUCUCAGAUGCUGGAGUGUGAAGCCCUGAUGGCUCUUGGUCUGGCGGGCCGUGAGACUCGAAUAGUUUUGGCUGGAGAUCACAUGCAGAUGGGGCCCAAGCUAUUCUCUGUGGAGGACGAGAAGCGCUCAGACCACACCCUGCUCAAUCGCCUCUUCUACUACUACCAGUCCGAAAGGAAAAACGUAGCCUUGGAGAGCAGAAUCAUCUUCAAUGAAAACUACCGCUCCAAUAAAGAGAUUGUGAAUUUUGUUUCCACCCACUUCUAUACUGGCAAGAGAGAUACCAUCAGGGCCUGUGGAAAUGUACCUGCUCAUCCAAAACACCAUCCACUCAGGUUCCAUCAUGUCAGGGGGGAAUGCCAUUUACACCCAAAGAGCCUGUCUUGGUACAAUUUUGAGGAGUCUUUGAGUGUUGUAAACAUCGUCAGAGAACUUCUUGAUCAAUGGCCGACAAAGGAGUGGGGUGCACGAAAAGCAGAAGACAUCUGUGUUCUGUCUGAGGGUCACCAGGUUCAAGUGGUGAGAGAUGAACUUUGGAGAAAACAGCUUCGUGGAGUAUCAGUGCAAAACUUAGCCAAUGUCCAAGGUAAGCAGUUUAGGGUGAUAGUGAUGACAGCAGUUCAGACACGAGAUCAACUACUCCUGGCAAACACCAGUUGUUUGGAGUUCUUCAAUGAUGCCCGUGUCCUGAAUACAGCCAUGACCAGAGCACAGUCUCAGGUGAUAGUAGUAGGAGACGCUGCUGCUCUCUGCUACUUUGGGAAAUGCUCCAAAACAUGGAAAAGCUACACAGAGCACUGCAUCAAGAAAGGAAGUGCCCAACCUGAGCAUUUUACAGAAGAAUUUCUGAGAAAGGAGGUGGAAGAAAUUUCAAGAUUCCAGAGAGCAGAACUCAGUAUUGACACAGAAGACAUUCCAUCGGUUCCAGACGAUCAGAUGGAUCAGAUAUUACAACAAAUGGUCAAUGAUUACGCUGCAGAAAACGGUGAACAAUCAGAUACAGAGAGUGAGACACAUAGUAACUGUCCAUCUCAACAAAGCACAAAGAGACCACCAGCUAGGAUAGCCCUGCAAACGCUGAGCAUAGGCCGUAGUAGACGAAAUGUAAAGCCCUCUGACCAUGAGUCUGGAAAGGGCAACGGUUUUGUGGGCGAGUCGUUUGUGUGCGUUCUUGACGAUGAGUUCCAGCAUAGAGCACAAUAUAAAGAGAGUGGGUUCAUUCAGAAAUCAAUGUUACCCAUCAGUGAACAUGCACUAAAAAUCCGAGUGCUGCUUCAGAAGCGAUGUCGUAAUGUGUUGCCUAUUUGGAAGCCUGAGAGUGGGGUCUGGCGGAUCACGGACUAUGCGCACGUUGAUGAGCAGUUGAGGCAAAAGCAUGUGUUUAUUGUGCAGGUGGUUUGCUGGAAAGAUCACUGCCUCUUUCCACUAGGGCAUGUGAUUGGUGUUCUCCCUGUUGGGACAACUGAAAAAGAGGGGCUGAAGGUUUUGGAUGCAGUGUUUAAACUGGACCAGUUGCCUGCUAAUGAUUUCACUGAUGCUGGGGUGGAUGAUGGAAACAGACGGAACCUUCGGGGAUUAAUCACUUUCACCAUUGACCCGUUUGACGCUACAAACCUGGAUGACGCAAUAAGUGUCAAUGAGUUGGAAAAUCAUUAUGAGGUUGGAGUUCACAUUACUGAUGUUGCAAGUUUUUUGACAAAAGACAGGGGGGCUACGUACUAUCACAAUGGUAGUGAGCGAAUUUUCAAGUUCCCAAAAUCAGUCAGUCUUUUACCAAAACAAGAUCGAAGAGCCAUUUCAUUCAUCAGUAAAGUGGAUAAAAAAACUGGCUUAAUCACGGAGAAGAAAUGGUUGACCUCCAUGAUAUGUUCAAACAAGAAGCUGUCCUAUUUAGAAGUGGAAGAUAUUCUCAACAGGACGUCAGGGAACGAUCUGAAGUUUGAGACAGUGGAUGACUGCAUUGCGGUGGCAUAUCAUUUUUCUCAAGCUCGCAGGAAGGACAGGCUUCAGGGGGACUGGGCAUAUUCUCAGCCACGCAAACAUCAGACUCCAGGGAGAAGGAGAUCCCAUCUCAUGGUAGAAGAGCUGAACAUAAUGUUUAACCACGAAAUGUCCAGAUUAUUGAUUGACAAUGAUGAAACCAAGUUUUGCUCUCCCCUGAGAUGCCAGAAAUCCCCAAGCGAGGAAGUGCUAAGAAAACUCAGAGAGAGACAUAUGGACCUGAUACCGAUGUCAGCACACUUGAAACACCACCUUGGUUGUGAUGAACAGGAUCUGGGAGACAGACGGUUCACAGUGUUAUCAUCUGUCUGGAGAGACAUAAAGAGAGCUGCCCAAAGUGGGCAGUAUGACAGAAUGGCUGACCUUAUUGGAACAGAUGACCUUUAUCCUCAACUUCUGCCUGUAAUAUCAAAAUUCAGGAAUGUUCAGAAUAAAGCAUACGUCAUUCGCUCCAACUCUUGUGACGAGGCUACUGUUGGCCAUCAUUCACUGGCGGUUGAUUCGUACACGUGGGCAUCUUCGCCUCUGAGGCGCUAUAUGGAUGUGGUCUUGCAGAGGCUUUUCCAUUCAGUUGAAAGUGGCAACCCUGUCCAGUAUUCCCCAGCGGAGAUUGAUAAACUGUGUGAGCCGUUUGAGAAAAACAACCAAGCUGUUAAGGAUUAUGAAAAACGGGCUGAGAAAAUGAAUCUUUCCAUCAGCCUCAUUAGGCAAAGCGCUUCCAAACUGGCAUGUGUAGUAUCUGUGAAGAAAGAGGAAGAUUGCUUCACCGUGUCUUUCCCAUUCAACAAGGGUUCACUGCCUGAAAAGCUGCCGUUGCUGUAUAGAGACCUGCUAUUGGAAGACCAACCUACGUUUGAUGAGAAGCAGCGAUGCGUAAACCUGAAGUGGGAGAGACGAGUGUACACGUUCAGCACGCCAAUGGUGCAAGCCCCCCUGAAAAAGUUGGAAGAAGAAAUCCCAUGCAUUCAGGUCCCACAGAAGACAUGGCAUGACAUUGUUGUGGCAGUCCAAAGUGAGGACUGGAGUAAAGCAACCACACUCAUCAGUGCAUGUAAACAGUGGAGGAAGGAGGAGCCCAAGGGAGUGACUAGAGAAUCAGGAGAGGAAAUUCAGCAGCGUCAAGAUGAAGUCAAGCACUACACUGAGUACUGCCUUUGUUUGAAGCAUGGAGAUUUACUGCUGGUACAGCUAACAGCAGAGACGCAGAGGGGUUUUUGGGUCCCCAGGGUUCAGCUCCUGCAUGUUAACCCUAGUUUUGUGGUCUGCCUGGAUCAUGCACAUCGACCCACGGAUUGUUUCACCAGAAAUGCAGAGAAUUACACCAAGGAUUACUUUGAAGACAUCAAGGAGUAUGUGCGGGUCUGGAAGCCACUCUGUCAGAUGGUGUCUGCUAGCUCGGCUGUGGGGGACGGAAACAGCAUAACCAUUGAGGAUAUUCAGAUUGCAUGGGAGCCAACGGGAAAAGGCAAUCUAACCGGGAGCUUUUCUUUGCCCAUUAAGCGCAUCAAAAUCUGGAGCAUUGAGUGCACCCUGGCUGAGUGUUACCUCUGCAUUAAGAAAAAGAAUUUGAAGUUGAAGUCGAGAAACAAACAGUUAGAUGAUGAUACGGAUGAUCCUCGCACCUUCACCUGGGUGGCCCACGGAGUGGUGACCGGUUGUGAAGAAACUGGGAAGAAAUCCAAGAAUCGAUCAAAAACAGUGAAAUUCUACAUCAACGACAGAUCGAUGGACCAAGUUCCAGGUGAAGUCCUCAGCCUGGAUUCAGACUUCUCAAUUGAAAUCAUACCCAGGCUUCCUCCAGAUAUACGGACAGAAAAUGCCAUUAACAACACUGGGAAGGCAAACAAUCUUGUCCAAAACAUUGUGCUUGGAUGGCAGAUCAUGAAAGAUGAGAGAGAUGCCUCUGCGCCUAUGCCAAAGUGGCGUAUAAUGAUGAAGGACAAGAAACCAUAUGGACUUCCUGAGCUGAAUGACAGUCAGUACAGUGCUGUAGAGUAUGCUGUCAACAACAGCUUCACCCUAAUUCAAGGUCCACCAGGUACUGGGAAGACUAUUGUUGGGGCCUACAUUGUAUAUUGGUUCUGUCAACACCUGGAGAGAGAUCUUGAAAACAAAGACAAGAAAGAAGUUGUUCUAUACUGUGGUCCAUCCAACAAGUCGGUUGAUGUUGUCGCUGAGUACCUUCUGGCAUUUAAAGACAGUCUGAAGCCUUUAAGGGUGUACGGCCGACAGACAGAGAUAGAGGAAUUCCCCUACCCGGGCAGCACCCUGCAACUAUCCCGGAAAUCAUGCCAAGAAAAAUCAAGCCCACAGCUCAGGAGCAUUACUUUACAUCAUCGCAUUCGGGACAAUGAAAACAAUGAAUACUCACAAGAUAUAAAGGCUUUUGAUGAGAGAAUACGAAAACGUGAAAUAACAGAAGAUCAAGAAAAGGAAAUAGAAGACUACAAGGAAAAGCUAAAUAAAGCUCGGGAGUAUGAACUGAAGAGACAUGAUGUAAUCCUCUGCACGUGCACAGCAGCGUCCUCUGGAAACCUCAGAAAGACCAUCAGUACCAAACUGAUUCUGAUUGAUGAAUGCGCCAUGGCAACAGAGCCACAAACUCUAGUCCCACUGGUCAGCUAUAAUCCCGAGAAGAUUGUAUUACUGGGUGACCACAAACAGUUGAGACCCAUCGUGAAGAAUGAGAGAGCCAAGAGGAUGGGAAUGUCAAGGUCUCUCUUUGAGCGCUGCAUGUCCUCACAUGCGUAUGAAAAGGCAGCCCAUACACUCAACAUCCAGUACAGAAUGCAUGAAGAUAUUUGUGAGUUCCCAUCAAGUGCGUACUAUGGAGGCAAACUGAGAACAAUUGUCAAAUGCAGGGGUAGUGUCCUACAAAUAAAAAGAUAUGGCAUAACACAGUCAACUCGGAUUGUCUUUGUGGACAUAGAGGGGAAAGAGAUCAGUCGGCUUGUUUCCACACAAAAGGGAAAUGAAAAAUCUGUGGCAAACCAUAAAGAGAGCAUCAAAGCAACAGAAAUUGCUGCAGCACUGGUUGAAAAGGGUGGCAUAAAUCAAGAACACAUAGUUAUUCUGUCCCCUUACAAUGCCCAAGUGGCAGAUAUAAAACAACGGCUAAUAAAACUGAUGCUUCCUCAAAUCACAGUCUGCACCAUCACAAAAAGUCAAGGCAGUGAGUGGCGCUAUGUGAUCCUGUCUGUGGUCCGCUCAUGCCCCAGUGAGGAUAUUAAAGCAGAGCCUACCAGGGAGUGGCUCUCUAAGCAUAUAGGCUUUGUGGGCGAUGCCAACCAGAUCAAUGUGGGCAUCACCAGGGCCCAAGAUGGCCUUUGCAUUUUGGGUAACCAAAAAUUGUUGAACUGCAGCAGAGCUUGGAAAAGACUUCUGCAAUUUUACACAAAGAAGAACUGUGUUGUUACAGCUGAUGGAGUCAGCGUGCGUAAAGUGACAGCGUGAUGGAACUGAUUUGUAAAUCUGCCCUGAAUGGGUUGACUUAUAUUAGGUUAAUGGCGUUUGCAUCAAAAAGAUUAGUCUUAUAGUCUUAUACUUUUGUUAUGUCAAAUAGAGCUAAUUGAGAUAUAAUAUUUUACAGUGUGUGUUCAUUCUAACAUCAAACAUCUAAUAUACUAUUCAUUUUUAAUGCCCAUUCACUCUGAUAUUUUGAAACAAAGACAUUACCUACAGUGCUUUAUCUUUAUCUUUCAAUUCUCAUGUAAUUUAAUCUGGUUGAGCAAGGUGUUAGCAAUACUAAAGUCAAAGAUUAAGGUGUAUAUUCAUUGUCAUGUGAGUGCAUGGAUUCAGACAUUCAGAAGGGGAAACAAGGAGAUAUUGUGCAUUUACAUUAUGUGUUUGUGUGUAUAUGUCAUAUAGUGUGAAGACAAACCAAAUAACUAAUAUGAAUACAAUACAUAUAUGAACUAUUAAUGCUAAAUAAUGUAAAUAUUUCAAAAUGAACUAUAAAAUAGUGCUUAAAAAAAUAUGAAAUAUUAUAUUGGGAUCCAUUAAGUCAGUAGUUAUUAAAAAACUCUAUCAAGCUUUUUGUAAGCCCACUGAAGUCUGCUUGGUUUAAAGAAGAGAUAGUGUGGAGCAGCUGAAGCCCAAAGAACAGGACAAAGAUACAGAAAGCAACUGAUAAUGUUUGUGUGGGAUCAUUUUGGGGGUUUACAAAUGAAUGUGCUAGGUUGAGAUAAGUUUUCUUUUUACUGUGUGGAAGUUUGGAAAUUGUCCCUUUUUGUCCCAGAGUUUUUAUAAAUGCAACAUACAUUUGGGUGCACAGUUGCAGGUGUGAGUCAAGGUGCGAGUCAAAACUUUCCAGGGAAUAUAUUGUCUCUGCUUAUUAAAGGUAUAUAAUACUGUGUGUAUGACUCACAUGGGUUAAGUGAAGCUAACAGAAUGCAAAUGAGUGUCUAUAUGGGCUCACUAUACUGGUCUGAUGAUGACUUGAGAAUGCCACCCUUGGGCGUGAAUAAAGGUGGAGGCUAUGAUCA